GGUCUGCUCCCCAUCGUCACGUGACCUCUUUACACAUUAAAUUUCCUGCUUUUUGUUUUCGUUAUUUUCUCUUUUUUAACGAAGGGAGGGCUACGUUCGCCGUGGCUGACAGAUACGACUGUAAAACCUUCACCUUCUUCCCCCUGACAGGAGAAACAGUGCAUUGAGAGAAGCCCCGAAAGGGAAACGGCUUGUGCGUGCUCUGCAAGUGCCAGGCAUCAGGAGGGGUUGGUUGGGGGGGGGGGUGGAUUUAGAAAUGAAGCUGCCCUUUUCGUUCAAAGGGUUAAAUUAAUUCUAAGAAUCUGGGACGAACAAAAGAUCCCCCCCACCCCCCCACACACAUACACACACACACCCUAUUUUCGUUUUCUUUUGUACGUGCCCCGCUGUGCCUCAACUCUGUCACGAUCCAGAGGGUUGAAUCAGGCCGAAUCGAUUCAUUUAGUGACUGGCUGCUGUUAGUGGAGUUAACUCGGGGUGAGCGGGCUUGUUCGCGGCCACAGCACGAUGUUUGGAAGCCACUGAACCGGGCUCGCACAACAGGAAACGCUCCGAUUAACGAAAAGAUUCAGGGUGCUGGGAACAAAGCCUUUAUUUUUCUGGCCGAUGUAGACGCUUCGAUUGAAGGACGAUCAGUGGUCAUUUGAAUUCGUCACCUCUAUGAUCUGCCAGGAGAAAGUAGCAACCCCGCUGUCGUCCGGCAAUUCGCCUCAGGACCCCGUUGACCUCCGGGAAGGACAUUCUGAUUUGUUUCGUAUCUCCUGCACCAUGAGUCAUUUGGAGCGUACAGGCUGGUAUUGGGGAGCACUUACCUCAAUCGAAGCACGACAGAUUCUGAAUCAAACCACUGAAGGCACAUUUCUAAUCCGGGAUAGCUCCAACCCAGAAUAUCUUCUGACUCUUUCGGUCAAAACAAGCUCAGGACCUGCACACCUUCGUAUUGAGUACAAUGAGGGAAAGUUUGGCUUUGAUUCAGUGGUUUUGGCAAAACCAAAGCUCAAGAAUUUUGAAGACGUGGUUGAUCUUAUCCAGCAUUAUGUCUUGUUGUCUAAAAGUACCCAAACUGCACAUGACCAGUCACUUACGCCAGUGACUAAAGAUACAGUGAUUCACCUGAAACUGACUAAGCCCCUGUACAUUGCAACGCCUUCAUUGCAACAUCUAUGUAGGAUUAUAAUCAAUAAAAGUACUAAGGCAAUCCAAGAACUUCCUUUGCCCACUAGAUUAAAGGAAUAUUUAUUAGAAUAUCCCUUCCAUUUGUAACUCAGUUAAGAGAUAACCAUUCCUAAAAUGACAAUGAUAAAUGACAGAGGGACCUGUUACGUGGAGGAAAUAUUCAACUGUUUCAUGUCAACGACUGAGUGAGAUUUGGUGCUAUAUUGCAACACACCUAAUAGAUAAUGAAUUAAACUGUCCAUAAUUUUCAUGUUUGCUUUAACUUAAUGUAAACACAAAUUUUACAGUUUCUUAGUAGAAGCAAUCAGUUUAGCUUUCAGAGUUAUUAUGGUAAACGUUUGAUUUUUGUUCAAUAUUUCCUCUGACAGCUGUGGCUUUUCACGGUAUACUUCACAUUGUAUACAACAUGCAUUCUUGAAGUGUGGUAUUUGAAGAAUAGUUUGGUUUUUGGUGAUUCUUAUGUUUCAACUGGCUGAAAAUGGAAGGAAUCAAAUGAUAAAACCCAGUGAACUAUUCCAGAGGUCAUGUUGAGGAGAGCAUCAUUAGCAAACUUUGUUGUUACCUAACUUUCAGCUCAACUGCCAACAAUGCUUAGUUAGACAUUUUGAUUAAGUUAGAGCACUGCUUCCUGCUGCUCCCCAAAGUGACUCAUACACAUCCCAUAUGGACAAGCUGUGGGCUUUCUUCCUAACAGAUUGGUAUAUGGGAGGAUUUAGUUCUCACUGUAGGUUGAGGGAAAUGUUAAUCAACAUUUGAUCUCUCUUCCUGCUGUAUUAUAUUUUAUGGAUAACUUGUACUAGCAGCAUUUGCCCACUUAAGCUGAAACAUUAGGCAAAAGAUUAUAUGAUAUGCCAACUGGCUAACAUUAACCUGCAGAAAAGGCAACACUUCUUAAUGGUUAAGAAUGCUAUGUGUAAUGUGAUUUGAAAUCUUUCAGUAAAUGAAUCAAAAUAAUUGAGCGCAAAAAACACUUGUGCAUUUAACUUUUCCAGAAAAUGAAUCUAUCUAAAGCAAAUUGGUCUAGAGUAUGACUCUAAGUUAGUGUUUGUAAUGAUGGCAACACCACCAGCAUUGACCAUCAUGACAGGCAGCAACUUUUGGUAUCUGCACAUGCUCAGCUAAACACAAAUAGGCAGAAUUUGUUGUCAAUCAUAUCCUGCACUGGUGCACCGUUGCAGUCUUUGCAGAUACAGGCAAAGCAAUCAGUGAUUUGGCAUGAACAUCAACUUCUUAUGCACUAUUCUUGCUGGAAAAAAUAAUGAAAAUGUUAACACUAAGAUUUUAAUAACAUGCAAAAUUAUAAUUUCUGCUAAACAAUAUCUCUAGCCCUGAUAAUCUAACUUCAUAUAUGUGGAAUCUAGUUUGCUGCAUUCCUUAAUUAAAAAUUUCAUAGGUAUGCAAUGUUUAAAAUAUUUAUUGUUUUCAGCUUUACCUUAAUCCUAAUUGUAAUUCCACUCUUUGAUCUGAUCUUUCUACAAUGGUUAGAAUGCAAAUGCCAAGCCUUGCUUUUACUUUGGCUUUACUACCUGUAUAAUUUUGUCGAUUUAAUCAACCGCUUAGUGAACUUGAUGCCUCCACUUUCCCCUGACACUCUAGAUGGCACAAUUCUAUCUGUUCAGAAGAAGCCAAUGCUAUAGAGUCCAGUAUUUCUUUGUGGUGGCUUUACUUGAUGUUACUGGUGAGCUCUGUCCCUUCAUUAUUGACUGCAAAAUCUGGGCCAUGGCAUUGCAUUGUGAAACUGGAAUUAUGCCAUCAAUGAAUUGGUGAACCAUGCAGCUGUUUUUCUAUUGUAAUGUAAUUGGAAUAGUGCCAAUAAUGUACGAGCAUCUGUAGAUUAGAAAUGCAGCUGUCUAAUUAGCUUGCUGAUGCCUAAGAAUCCAUGGAACAAGGAAAGGUCACUCAGCCUGCAAAGCUUGUUCUAUCUUUGGCUACUUAUAACACACAAACAGUAGUAUACUAUGAUCCAUUUAUAGAAGUGUAGCCCCACCUAUCAUUGACUUGUUCAAAUCCUAAUGUUUUAGCCUACAACAAAAACUCUAUUACACCUACCUCUGGGUUUAGCAGAUGGAUAUUUACUAUACUGUAUAUUUAUUUAUCCAGAUACUGAUACAAUACAAAAGAUUAUAUUUGAACACUGGCUCUAUGCUCACUUUGAAAGAAUGCUAUAUUUUACUGGCAUCCCUGUUUCAGUUAAAACUUUUAUUUUUAUUAGCUAGGUUACAUUAUUUGGUUCAAUUGCACUGCACAUUUUUAUUUCAACUGGAUAUGAGAAUUUCUCAUAUACUGCCAGACAUUGUUUAAUGGAAAUGGUGGGAGACCACAUCUGGCAGUUAUUCUGACACCAUUUUGGGUUCAUGCCCACUGCAGCAUGACCGACUCUCUCAAUAGCAACUUUUAAAAACCAUUAACUUCAAAUGUUUUAGUGUUAUCAAAGACAUGUCUUGUUCAAUUUUCAUGAAAGUGGGUCAUUUUGUAGGACUUCUCUUUGUCUGACAAGGGAGUGAUGUGAUGUAUAGCUGAGAGAAUGAGUCCACAGUACUGAAUCUACACUUCUCUUAGCAAAACAAACAGCAAAGCAAUAAUCACAAUAGUAUAAAACUAUACAGCAUGAAAGGAGGUUCUUGCAACGUUUUCCUAAUCAAAUUCUGUUUAGUGAAGUUACUAUGAAAUCUGUUGUGCCAUCUUUUUAGGCAGUACACUGCAUAUCAGAACAAAUUAUUACAUUAAAAUAAUUUGUCAUCUCUAUUAAAUGCCAGAAUUGUUUAAAUGAAAAAAAAAUCAACAAAACAUGUCCUUCUCCUGAUUUUUAUUUUGAUACCUCCAUUUAUGAAUUACAAGUUGGCCAAACAAUUACAAAGGAUAGAAGAAUCCAGCCACAGCCUAUUCCCAAAACGUAUUGAGUUUCCGCAAUCUUCUCUGAUAGUUUAAAAGCAUUACACAGAAAGGUGGCUCUGCCCUCAAAUCAGAUUAAAUUAAUCACUGCUGAUUAUGCCUUUUUGCAGUCUUUUAAGGAGAUUCUUAAAGUUUAGGUUAAAUCUUUAAGGUCAAUGACACACGCACACUGUUCUGAAUAAUUUUACAUUUGUUUUUCGGUUUGCUACAAAACUACCAACUUUGCACUAAUUAAUCUUGUACAUGGUUUGCUGUAUGUUGAGCAGUUAUUUUCAGUUAUGGGAGGGGAUCCCAUAAUGAUAAUGCCACUAGAUUAAUAAUCCAGGGUAUCAGGCUAAUAUUCUGGGGAUAUGGGUUCAAAUCGCCACCAUUGUAGAUGUUGAAAUUUGAAUUCGAUAUCUGGAAACAAAAGCUAGUCUCAAUGUCAGCAUGUAAACAUUGUCCUAAAAGACCAAUUGGUUCAUAAAUGUAUUUUUUUAGAGUAGAUCUGCUGUCCUUAUUUUGUAUAGCCUACAUGUGACUUACAACUCUCAGUAACAUGGUUGACUCGUAACUGCCCUCCGAAAUAGCAGAGCAAGUUCAAGGGCAAUUAAGGAUAGGCAACAAAUUCUCACCUUGCCAGUAACAAACACAUUCCAUUUCAAAAUAAAAGAUUUUAUUUAAAAUCAGAUUACUCACAAUGAGAAAUGGACACUUCUGUUUUAGUUGUAUUGAUGAAACUGCACCCUUAACUAUAUCAAGGAAUACUUAAAUGCAAAAAAAAACAUUCUAAAAUAUGUCCUAUUGCAAUGAUUCUGGCAGAUUUUGAUUUCAGUUGCAUCUAAGUUCACAAAGACGUGAGAUAGGAAAUAUGAAAGCUAGUGCAAUUUGUUGUGCAUGGAUUAUAAAAUUGAAAUUACGACCUUUGUUUAUUUUGAAAAAUAGCUUUAAUACUAUGUUAAUGAUCUUAAAGUUACAGGAGGACAUGUUGGUACCUAAGAAUCUUUGAGCAGGGAAGUUGAAAAGAAAGCAAUUGUCCAUCUAAUAAGUGAAAUGUAAAUACACUUUUAAGCUUUAAAUCAUUUGUUUUAUGAAUCCCCUUUCAUGUUGUGGAAAUAGUUCCAGUAGUGUCUGACUAGGGGUGAUCAGGAAAUCAAACCAAAUGUCUGAAUUUCCUGAAGAAAUCAAUUAGAUAAUUCCUAGGACAAUUUCAUGUAUUUUUGAGGUACUUGGUAAAGUAAUGAUUAUUAUAUCCAGCAUAGAGUUGUGUGUUUUUGAACAGAUAAAACAAGAUAUGACUUUGAAAUUGCAACUAAUCCUUUUUAAAUCAGUGAUCAUCUCACUGCAAAAGAUAAAAUGAGAGGUGUGUGUUUGCAUUGAAAGUUUAUGAAAUUCAAAGUUAGUCAAAUGCAUUCCAGCAGUCCUAAUUGAAAUCCUUGAAUGACAUCUGACAUCUCUGAAACCUCUUCCUCCUCAGCAUGUCCUAUGAUUAUUAAAGUACUUUUUUGAGUAGUACAUCCUGCUAUUUGUGAGAGACUGGUCCUUUUCCCCUCCAUGCUGAAUCAUUUUUUUCAUGCCUGGAGCAAAUGGCCAGUAUGAGAGGCACUAAAUGAGCGCUGUUAGAAAAGUAGUAUGGGUUGUCUUGUUGUAAAUAUGUUCAUUCUUCAGAGAUUAGAGACCUAGUUAAUACUACCAUAAUAUAGAUCUUAUAAUUGUUAGAAACUUAUUUAUUUAUUUAUUCCAGGCGAAUAUGUAUUUGUCUUCAAAUGAAGACUUCGGAAGCAAUAAAAUGCUUUGCAUUUACUUGGAAAUUAAAUGCUGUUCUCAGAACUAAAAUCCUUUGUUUAAUCAUUAAAUAUAUAGAUAUGAUUCUUAAAUAUUAAAAGCUGCUCUGUAAUUGUAAUGUCAUCAGAAAAUGAGAUAUAUUUAAAAUAACCAAUUUUUAGUAUCACUUUCUUUGUAGACUGCAAAUAGGGAAAUACAAAUCAUCACAAGCAAGACCAUUUGAUAUUCUCAAUAAUGAAGGUUGAAUCAUUAAGCAAAUGUUCCUUUUGAAACUUUUCUUUGGACAUGACUAUUACUAUGGUUAUUAAUCAAACCAUGGUUAUGUCCAAAACCUUCAUGUACUUUGAAAGUAAAAUAUCAUCUCUCCCUCCAGUAAAUAUUCCUCAUUUUGGCUUUUAAUAUUUCAAGGCAGUGGACCAAAGGAUCAGCAAUAUCAGAAUAUGAGUGUAUUUUGUAACAUGAUGUCCAAUGUUACUUAGUAAAUAGCCUUUUUGCAGUUGAAAAUCCUAUAUUCUGAUCUCUCAUAUGUCUUCUCUACAUUUUAAAGAAGCCUCCAAUUCAAAUUGCCAUUACAUUUUGCAUACAUUAAUUCUGCUGUUCAUCUUCAGUGGAGCCAGAUCAGAUUUCUGAAAAUGGAUUGUAGACUAAAUUGAAUUUAAGGCAGAUCAGUGCUUCUGCCAUUUAAUGGGAUUAUAAUGUUUCCUUAAGUAUGUUUGGAAUGGUAAAUAUUCCAUGAAGUGAGAAAUCACAUCCAUAUUGACCCAUUGUACAUGUCAGAAAUUGUGUAUCUGGCUUUCAUAUGUGAGAUUGAAUAUUUUUUAAUUAAUGCAGUUAUGAUUCCAAAAGUAUGAACAUUUUCAUAAUUUAUUUGAUAAAAUAUAGUUACUUGCAUUUUAAAUAGACCAAUGAUGAAUAAACUUGCCUGCAUUUAUCAUGUGGUACCUGGUGCUAGGGAUCAUUUUUAAGCAAUAAUAUGCCACAUUUUAACCAAAAAAGGGGCUGCUGUCCGUGGUCCUUCCGCAGACUAAAAGCACAAAGAAUGACUUCUGCUAGAAAUAUAAAUUGAAUUAGAGCCCUGAAAAAUCCAAAUCAAUUCUACCUCAUGCAUAGUUAAAGAUUGAUCAGUCAUGUACAAAAAUAUGAAAUCAAAAUGAAGUGCUGGAAAUGCUCAGUAAGUCUGGCAGUGUCUAUGAAGAAAGGAAAAGUUUGAGUUAACAUUUUGAUUAAUGGUCUUUCAUCAUCAAUCUAAGAUGUUUAAUUGUUGUUUCUCUCUUCCAGAUCUCCUGAGUAUUUCUAACAAUUUCUGUCUUCAUUUAUAUAUAAACCUGUGGAAGUUGCUUGAGUAACUUAGGGUGCUAUCAAUCAAAGGAAAUCCACGAUAGUUCAGAAUUUGUCAAAGUUCAGAAAAGUGAGACCUUACUUAAUAUUGACCAAGGAGUAAAAUAACCAAGGGCCAGGUCAUAUGCUAUUCAGGGAUCCCAAAAAUAUGGCAUCAAUAUUCUUAGUUAUGAUGUUGCAUUCUAGUGUGACAUGCCUGUACACAAUUCAUGUGGUCAAAUAUCUAAGGGAAAAAUACUCAAAGUGGGUCAAGAGAUUACGGGAAAGAAUUGUGGUGCUGUCUAUCAUACAUAUAGUAAAAUUAAUGUCUUAAAAUGUUUUGCUAAAUAGCUGGGAAUAAUUCCUAUUGGCAAAGUUACAUUAUUAUCUUAGAGUGGAUUUUUAUGAAAAACUGAAGGCUGCAAAUUCACCCAAUAAAUACAUAUAGUUCUGGCCUAUUUUGUGUGUGGCAAUGUUUGCUUUCAGUUUGAGGCUGCAUUUUUACUCCAGUACCAAAUAGCUCAUAAUGGUAAUAUAUUCCAAUUUGGGACAAGGUAGAAAUGAAGUCAGCAAGUUGGCAUUAUACAGCUCAUCUGCUUGAAUUUCUCAUCAAAGAAAUUUAAGUUUCUAGCGAAUGGCUUCCUAAUUAGAGGAUGAUGCUUAGAAAGAAAGACAAGCAAAUUGAAUGGAAAUUGAAAGCAAUAAUUUCAAUACUGCUGAAUUGUUGACAAGUUAUUAACUUGCAGGAUGAAUAGCAAAAUUGAAAUUUAUUCUGUAUUUAUGAAUAAGAUUGAUUUAAAGCAUAAUAGUUUGCAUUGGGGAGUACUUUAUUUAUUUGGAACCUAUAACUGUAUGUAAAAUUUUCAAGAAAGUCGUGUUGAAUGUUAGGAACACUUUUAUAAUUGCAUCAAUGCUGUGCCCCGAGGUGGUUAACGAUUAUCAACUACUAGGUGAAAGUGAGGACUGCUGAUGCUGGAGAUUAAAGUCGAGAUGUGGUGCUGGAAAAGCAUAG